GAUGAAAAUGUAAACAAAAUUCGAACACGCUGCUUCGUAUGCUGAAUGAGAUCUGCAAUUUUUGUAAAAUAUAUUAAAUAAAGAAUUUUUAAAGAAAUUAACUAACCAUGACAGAUAAUGAAAUUCACAAACAAGAAAGUGUGGAAGUAAAUACGGAACUUUCUUCAACCCAACCAGUAAUAUCGAAAAACCAACUGAAAAAACUUAAAAAACAUCAACGGUGGUUAGAAACGAAAGCACAACGUAAAGCCAAGGAAAAAUUAAAACGAAAGUUAAAAAUACAAGAAGCUAAAGAAAUGGGUAGAGAUUUAGGACCUAGUCGAAAAUAUUUAAAAUCACAAAAAAUGUGUGACUCGACAUGUAAAUUAAAAAUCUGUUUCGAUCUUUCAUUUGCGGAUGUUAUGACAGAACCGGAAUUUUCGAAAGCAUUCAAACAGUUACACAGAUGUUAUUCUAUAAAUCGACGAGCUCCAGCACCAUUGCAGCUGUAUAUCACAGGUUAUUCCGAUGCUACUAAACAAAAAAUGAGCAAAAUGUCUGGUUGCUUUAAUUGGGAUAUUAAUUUCAAUUCUUCUCGACACACAGAUAUUUUUGAAAAGAAGAAUAUAAUUUACUUGACCAGUGAUUCACCUAAUGUUAUUGAUGAACUAGAUAAUGAUAAAGUUUAUAUAAUUGGUGCACUUGUUGAUCAUAAUCGUUUGAAGAAUAUCUGUUAUGAUAAAGCAGUGGAGGAUAAUGUUGGACAUGCUCGCUUACCAUUGGAUAUGUAUUUUAAAUUCAAAACAAGAACAGUGAUCACUAUAGAUCAAGUCUAUUUAAUUUUUCUGCGAUUAACACAAGGUAAAACCUGGAUUGAUGCAAUCAUGGAUAUAGUUCCAAAACGUAAAGGUAUUGAAUUAAAAGAAAAUUCUGAUGAGAGUGCUAAAGCAACUGUGGAAGAAUCUCAGGCAGAUUCUGCAGUUGAAAAUAAUAGUUCAUUAAAUGUUGUUGAAAAUAAUAAUGAGAAUUCAUGUGAACAUUCUGAUUCAGAAAAUAAUGAAACUCAAGAAGAAGAGAAAAUGAAGACAGAUAUUUAACAGACUAUAAAAAAGUUCCUUAUUUUUCACAUUGAAUGGUUUAAAUUUCAAAAUAUCAUAUGUAAAAGAAAUCAUAAUUUCAAUAAAAUGAAUUGAAAUAUCACAUUUUGUUUGCAUUACAUCACAGUUAUUUUAAGAUAAACUUUUGCAAGAAGGUUACUUUUUUAGCAAAUGUUUGCAAAAGAAUUACUCUACAUUG